ACGAUACUAUAGAAAAAGCGUCCACACAGGUCAUCUCUUCUCUCACUGUACGUCUUCACACUCUGAGCUCCUGUCUCCCAUUAACUGUUCACCCUCAGUGUCUUCUCAGAUGUUCUUUCUGUCAGCUCUCAGCUUUCACCUUAAAUCUCCUCCUCCUCCACUUCCUCACUGACCACAAACAAACUUUCAGUUUCGUUUCUUAACAAGUCACUUCCUUGUUUGUCUGACUGAUUGUCUCUGCCUGCCUCUCCUCAGACUGACAAUGGCUGAAGCCCAGUUGUGUGGACUUAAGGAGGAGUUCACCUGCUCGGUGUGUCUGGACACACUGACUGACCCUGUGUCACUGCAUUGUGGUCACAGUUUCUGUCUGAAGUGCUUAACCAACUACUGGGAUCAGAGCCAAGUGUGCAGCUGUCCUCAGUGCAGACACACCUUCAUGCUGAGGCCUGAACUGAAGAGAAACACUCUGCUGAAUGAAGUCAUCAAGAGAUUAAGGAAGACGGCACUCAGUUCUCCUCCAUCAAAGAAUUAUGCAGGCCCUGGAGAUGUGGAGUGUGAUUUCUGUACUGGGAAGAAGUUCAGAGCGGUGAAGUCCUGUCUCACCUGUCCGGCCUCCUACUGUCAGACUCACCUGCAGCCUCACUAUGAAGUAGCGGCCCUGAAGCACCACAAGCUGGUUGAUCCUGACAGAAAUCUGAAGGAGAAACUCUGUGAGAAACAUCAGAAAAGUCUGGAGAUGUUUUGUAAAACUGAUGAAACAUGUAUCUGCUUGAUGUGUGGAAUGACUGAACACAACAGUCAUGAAAAGGUCGAGCUGGAGACAGAAAGAGAAGAAAAACAGAAACAGCUGGAGGAGACACUGAGGGAAAUCAAGAGGAGACUCGAGAAGAAAGAGAAGAAAAUGAAGGAGGCAAAGAGAACAAUAGAACAGAUGAAGAUGUCUGUGAAAAGAGUGAUGGAGGAACAUGAGAAGAGCUUCACUGCUCUGAUACGGUGCAUUGAGGAAGCCCACAAGAAACUUGCUGAGAAGAUCAGAGAACAAGAAAAGAGAGAAAUGGAGAAGGCUGAAGGAGUCAUGGAGCAACUGAAGAAGGACAUCGAGGAGCUGAAGAGGAGAGAAUCUGAGCUGAAGGAGCUUUCAGAGAUCAAGGACCAUGUCCACUUCUUGCAGACUUUGUCAUCACACUGUGUCCAUCCUGAUGAUGAAGACUCACUCAGCUUGACUUUCACUGCCGAUUUCUCUUCUGAGGACCUCCUAAAGGAGAUGUCAUGUGUGAACAAGCGUCUAGAGAAGAUCAGCCAGUGGGACAUCCUGCCUUUGACUCUAUCAGGUCAUGAAGCUCCAAUCUUCACCCUAUGGCCUCCUGAACCUCAGAGCAGAGAGGAGUUUUUACAAUACUUCUGUCCCCUCACACUGGACAUCAACACGGCAAACAGAGACCUCCUUCUGUCUGAAGGGAACAAGAAGGUGAAACAUGAGGAGACAGACGCCAAAUAUCCUGAUCAUCCUGACAGAUUUGACUACUGGCCUCAAGUUCUGUGCAUAGAGGCUCUUACUGGGACUCGCUGUUACUGGGAGGUGGAGUGCAGUGGACACUUCAUGAUGAUUGGAGUCGCAUAUAAAGGACUGAGCAGGAAAGGACGGAGCAUGGAGUGCUGCCUUGGAAACAACGACAAGUCCUGGUGUUUGGUGUGUUUUAAUUCCCAUUACUUUGUGUGUCACAAUAAUCAGCAGACUGUAAUCAGCGCCCCCUACAGCCCCAGAAUAGGUGUGUAUCUGGACUGGCCUGCUGGCUCUCUGUCAUUUUAUAGCGUCUCACACACAAUGACCCUCCUGCACAGGUUCAACAACCCCUUCACUGAGCCCCUCUAUCCAGGGUUUGGGCUUAAAUAUAACUCCAGUCCCAGGGGGCGGGGCCACUUGACACUGCAGCUGGAGCUCCGCUCCCAGGGGUAUUUGAGAAGAAGCUGCAGAUGA